GGGUACAUGGGCAUUAGCGCUUGGUUUAUAAUACACUGACAAGACUAUGGUAGGUUUGUUUGUUUAGUUUUGGUUCCUCUUUUAUAAAACUGGGUAGUCCUCUUAACUUGACCAGCAUUUUACUUAAACCGUUGUUUCUAGACACGAAAUUGCUCAAGAAAAAUCACAGAAUGUUCAGAAAUAUGCGCCGAAGCCAAAAUAGAAACGGUAGGUGCGAAAAAUUACCAUUUCCGACUAUCCACGAACAAACUGUGUGGCAAGAAUGCACCUCAGGCAAUUUACCUGGAAACGCAGUUAUAGGUGCAGUAGAACCAAAUGGAAUUGGAAUUAUGUACAUUGCUCAAGCAAACUGGGAUUCCAAAGUUGUCCCUGGGUUUACAACGUGCCAUGCCGAUGAAAUACUUUUCCCAUAUGCCUGUGUAGAGCAAAGGAGUCGGAAUUUUAGAGUCCUGACGUGCGAGAACACAGAGAGCUUGCAUUGGUUGAAAAGUAGAGAAGGCAUCACCCCCAGAACAGCCGUGGUUGGGGGUGAAGAGUCAUAUGGAGAAAGGGUUUAUAUUGGAAGAACCUGUACUCCUUUAACUGGGGGUGUAACUGCAGAUUAUGUUCCACUCUACCUUAACCGGGCACUUUCUGAUAAUAAUAAGCGUGUUGGAAAAAUACAUCCUUCUCACCACCGUUUAUAUAUUCCUUAUAAUGGAGAUGAAUUUAACUUUGAUCAGUAUGAAGUUCUAUGCUACAAAGAAUCACCUGGUCGCCUUCUGAAUAUUUGUAAAUGGAGAAUUCAGCAGGUAUUGGGUUGGCAAAAAAAGAAAAUCAAUCUUUUACCAUUACCUCCAGUACUUAUAAAAUUUCUUUUGGAAAAAUAUGAAGAUUAGGAAGAAUUUAUAGGAACCAAGCAAUCUUAUUUCUUCAAGUUUUAUUAACAGACCACUUUUUUUAGGUAUUGUCGUUAUGUUUUGCUCGUUAUGGUUAAGCUCCUAAGGUGCAGCAAGUAAUGGGAUUGAAGCCAGAGGCCAAUUAGCCUAUUGUCAUAGUUGCAUGAAAAAUAAAUUUAUCCAUGUACUCACUACCUAUAUCAAUGAACCGUAAUCACGCAUGCAAUUAGUUUUCAUGCACUUCUGUUUACCUUGUGAUUCAAUUCUAAAUUAAAUAUAUACAACUCCUGC